AGAAAAACAUUUCGUUCCCAAUCGUCCAUCGGUACGCACGUGCGUGCGUGUUGGGUGCGUGCGUAUGUGUGUGUUGUGAACUCAACCCUGCCACCUUACUGUCAAAAGGCGUGCGUGAAUUCGUGUGCUGUGUGCUUUUCAGUUCUUAGCACGGGGCGUGCAUACGUGUGCGUGUGUAUUGAGCUGGUCGCGAGCAGUGCACGCAUCGAUACUUUUCGUCACCAACUGCACUGUGAAAACGAUCCGUGAUCGUGCUUUAGUGAACGUGUGUGUGUGUGGCCGCUGUGCGUGCGCCAGUGAGAGACGACCGUAAAAGGGAGAAAAACCCGCGCGCCCUCGCUACGAGCCAAAGCAACGGAGCAGGGAGUUAGAUUUUCCCGUGUAUUUUCAUCUUUUCCGCCGCUCGUCGAUUGCUCGGAUUCAUUGGAAUACGUAGAGAGUGUGAGAUAGAGAGAGAGAGGAAGCGAUAAAGAAAGGAAAAGGAAAAGAGAUAUUUUAGUGAGUGCGAGAGAGAACGGAAGAGCGUAAGCUGUGGUAGUUGUGCGUGCGCGCCCGUUGUGUGCGCAAGGUUUUACUUUUUGAUAUUAUUUUCCCCUGCCCUGUCGUGUCUGCGGAGGAAGAGCGACGGGCGGUGUGAGUGUGUGUGCGUGUGUGUGUUCGCGCUAGAGCAGUGUGUGUUGUGCUGUAUGGUGUUGUGUUUCUUCACGAGCGUUGCGCUGCUGCUGCUGCUGCCAUCAUCAUCACAUCUCUUCGACGCAAGGAGCGCGGUUUAACCGUGUGUUGUGUUGUGCUGUGUUGUAUUGCUCGAAUCGGAAACUCUCGCUAAAUAUCUCAAGAUGGCCACGAGCGACGACGAACAUUUCCAUCUGUACGAGGUGUUUCAGAAUUGUUUCAACAAAAUCGCCAACAAGCAGCCGCCUGAAAAGGCAGGCUACCAAUCACCAUAUGGCGGCAUGGACAAUGGCGUGUACGCGCCGGAGGAGUACACGCACGAGAGUCCGGUUUCGGGCGGGCAGAGAUAUACGUCACCGAAAACGGGAGGCGCACUGUAUCAACCCGAGCCGUACUACGACUCGCCCGGUGGUUCCUGGUAUCCGUCUUCAUCGAGCGGAGCGUACGCGCCACAUUCCGGCACCGGUGGUUACCACAACGUAGGUCACAGUGCUCAUCUCGGCGGUGGAGCUGGUGGUGGACCACAGCACAACCAUGACCAGUAUGCCAUGUCACCGGUCGGCGUUCCGCACAUGGAUGGCGGCCAUCUUUCACAGAAUCAAACGCAAACACUUCCACCGAUGAGCACGUUCCGAGGCAAUAACGCACAAAUACCGGCUAUUGGUACGCAGGGGCAGAACUCACCCGCAAUCUACAACGCAAUCGCGGCCGGCCAUCACAAUCAGCAUGCGCAACAUAGUCCAAUUGUACAAAACGACACCCUGGUCGGCAAGGCACUACAGACGAUGUACCCAACCGAUCAGAGCAUAAGCAGUUACGGCUCCAACCCCAACACCCCAGUGAACUCACCUCCACCCCUAACGUCCCAGCAGCAGGCACAGCAGCAAGUUCAGCAGCAACAGUCCCAGCAAACGACACAGCAAAGUAUUCAUGCCGCCGGUACCGUACCGGGCAGUGCGAGUGGAGCAACCGGUGGUGGUGGUGGUGGUGGUGGUGGUCCCGCUUCCGUCAGCGUUACUUCGGCGGCCACCGCGGCGGCAGUGGCGGCCGCGAGCGGUACCUGGCAGCAGAUCAAUCCGGUGAUCAACAGCAACGGUGGCGGUCCGGCUGUGCUCAACAGCCUAUCGAACGGUUCCUACGCUCCCGAGUUAGUGCAUCGAGGUCUACCACACAUGGCCAAUUCCCCCGAGAUACUAGACGAUGCGAUCGUGUCGCUACUACGAGAGCAUGAAAGUGUCGCGCAGGCCUUGCAAGGGUCACGCAUGGAGGAACGGCUGGACGAUGCCAUCAACAUACUGCGGAACCAUUGCGAACCGCAGGUCGGUGUGUCGCUCUCUUCAAUCGAUCCCGCCUCCACCGUUUCGCCGUACUCGACCGGCAGUGCGCCGAUCAUUCCACCUUCCUCUCAGUUGCAGCACGACGCACCGGCCGAACUUUCCACCGUCCCUGUGAAAACGGAACGACUCCCCGGCAGCGGCGGCCCGGCAGUGUCCGUGAACAACAUUUAUCAUUUAUCCUCAGAGAAACGUAAAGAACCUCCAGACUCCGAUACCAAACCGAGCAGCUCCGUGCAGGGAACAGCGAAAGGUGCCAAACGGCAGCGCAAGUAUAGUAAAACCUCGCGCAGUUGUUCUAGUGCUGACGACGACGACGAUGACGACGAUUUGGAUCCGCUGGCAAAGGAUCGAAAGGAGAGGGAGCGAAGGCAAGCCAACAACGCCCGGGAAAGAAUACGUAUUCGGGAUAUUAAUGAAGCACUGAAGGAAUUGGGACGCAUGUGCAUGUCUCACCUGAAAUCAGACAAACCACAGACCAAGCUGGGUAUACUGAACAUGGCUGUAGAAGUGAUAAUGACUCUCGAACAACAAGUGCGAGAGCGGAAUCUAAACCCUAAAGCGGCAUGCUUAAAGCGGCGGGAAGAGGAAAAGGCUGAGGACGGUCCGAAGCUACCACCGCACAUCCUACAUCAAUCAGCCUACCCUACGCUACCUGGUGCACCGCCAAGUCUACCGCACAGUGGACCACCACAAUAGCAUACCAAUUUUACCUGCUUUAUCCGAAGAUAACAAACCACAACAACAACAGCAACUACAACUACAACUACAACUACAACACUCUUACAAAAUCCCCACAACCAGUCCAAUGCAAAUAAUUAGAUGAAAAUGGUUUGGGCGUAGGAUUGAAGGUGACGGGUUAUGACAUGGUUAGUUAUGUGAAUCUGCCAUCAACAACUACCGCCAAAGGUGUGUGCGUGCGUGUAUGUGGACGGUCAGCAGAUAGCGGUAGAGGAAGGAAUCGAAAAGUCAAACACAAUAGGAAAAUGAAUGAAUUUUAAAUCGCGUGUUGAGCACGAUACAAGCAUACUUGUGUGUACAUAUGAAACGAAGAAUGCGUGGAAAGGUGGCGUGUCCAAGUAGAACAAACCGUUGUACAAAACAACAACAAACAAUCACAUAUUGAGCGCUGCAUGUAAGUUCUGGAUGCAUCACAUGGAACAUCACAAAGCAAAAAGAAAAGAAAAAAACGGUUCUACGCUCUCUCCCUUGCUCCGGUGGCUGCUGUACUGUUGGACAGUGCGACAUAUCGGAGUCAGUGUACAGGGGGGGUGGGCUGUAUCUUUUUUGUACCAGCUAAGGAACACCCGUAAGAAAUACUUAAUCGAAACAAAAAAAAUCAGCCCAGAAGAAGAAGCUGCAUGGGCUGCAAUGGGUGUAUGUAAAAAAUACGUUCGAACUUAUUUUUUAAGAAAUCCGUACCCCUGUCCACAGUGUGCAUGUUUUAUAGGCGAAACAGUCUAGGCUAGGACGAUUAUGCUUGGCACAUCACGCGCACACGCAUGAUACUACUGAAGAAAAAGCCCGGGGACACGAACAGUUCUCUUCAAAAAUUAGCUUAUACCAUUACACAUAGUACUUCGGGCAGUAGUGUACACGAGGAAGGGUUUUUUUUUUGUUGUUGUUGCUCUGUUGUUAUAAAUCUCGGGGCGAGAAGAGCAACAUGGAACCCCACAAUCAGAUUCCUAAUAGGCAAGAAGGCAGAACGAGAUGGCGACAUUGUGAAAAAGCGUUAUAGCGGAAAACAGUAAUAAUAUCAUUUAGUAUUCUCUAUAUAUACAACUUAUAUAUAUAAAAAACUAUAUCAAUAUAAACAAAACGGAAGGGCAACAAGAGAGAGAGAGAGAGAGAGAGGUUAGGAAACGUGGUAAUGUCGUACUUAGGGAAGGGAUGAAUUUCCAUGAAAUCAAGCCAAGAAGAAUGAAAGCAUCACGAAGAGAUCAUUUUCCUUGCUUACCAGCGCAAGAUGCUAGGUAUUUAAUAGCGACAGAAUGAUUGAAUCAUUCAAACCCCGCACUAGUAGAUCGAGCGCAAUCGGAGAAAGAAUUAUGCACCGCCACCCGCUACACCACAACAGGGGAAAGAGAUAGAUAAUCAAUGCAGUGUGUGUGUGUUUGUGCGUUUGUUUGGCAGUUAACAAUCGUCUGAUGGUAGGAAAACGAAAUUUCAUCGUAAUUCAUCCUUUAUUUUAUUUCGGUGACCAUUAUUCUCAGCUGUGUGUCUUGUCGCAUAUCGCUUACAUAGGUGUUCAAGACUUAAACCAGUACUUAGUAAGUGUCCAGUUACCAGUGUACUUAUAUCGUACUUUUCCAUCACGUUUGUUCUUAUGUUUUGUGUCUAGUAAUAGAGCGUACAAUGGAAUGGCAGCAAGUUGUUAGUCCAGUUGUUGGGAUAAAAACAUCGGUUUCGAAAUUAACCUUUCCCACCAUCAGACGAACCACAGUUAACGAAAAAAAAACAAUGCAUAGAACGACGAGACAAAUCAACAGGCAGGAGUGCUGCUGAUCAGUGCUGAUAAUCAACGACAGUAUUUUCCGUUUUUACGGAACUACGGUGUACCGUAGUUUCCGAUUCAAAUCAUGCUAUACAAGAUCACCAUUUACUUUUGUAACGUACAUCUGCUUUGAUAAUCUGACAACCAGUAGCACAACAUCGCACUGAACUAGUUUGAUAAUUAUUGUACAACAUAUGAUCCGAUUUUAAGUGUGUACCGUAAAGCUAUGCGGUGAGAUACCCAGCUGAAACAGCGGAUUGAUUUUUAGAGGGUGGCGCUGAAUGAUUUUUUUUGCCGUCCCUCUUGGUGUAGGUAGGAAACGAAAAUGAUUACCUUACGGGAAUGUUUUUUUUUAAAUCGGCUUCGAGAUCAACUCGAGGAGCAACAACGGCACGCUCUGUGGAUGUUGUGUACACUAGAAAGGGCGCACCACAACACAGUGUUUACAAAGAUGUGAUAAAAUUAUUCGUGAAAACAGACCGUUUACAGUACCAGAGCGAGCGAGCGAGAAAAGAGAGACAGAGCAACAGAGGGAAGAAAUAGAAUAAGAAAAAUACUUCAGGUAAAUCAAGUGCAUGCAACGAUUUCACACAUUCACACCAUCGACACAAAUCAAUCAAAAGGGCAGAACUGGCGGCUAUGUACACCGUUGUAUUAGUAUUUUCCGUUUAAGCAUCUCGUUUGAGGCUUCUUUUCAUUGCCCUUUUCGUUCGAGAUGUCAAUUUAGCGAUUUGGAUUUUCUGAAAUGUGUCGCGACACACGCCAAUUUUUAGUUCGGCAAUACAACACUUACCUAAUAAACCUCGAUGGUUGAUUAGCUGCAAACAGGUAUUAGUAUUAUUAACGUCUUUCUUUAACAGCAAACAGCAGCAAGUGUAAAACUGUAUCGUUACAUCAUACAAAAUGGCCUCAAAAGCGUGUGUCGCCACACAUAAGCAGAUGUUCCGACUACAACCUAGGCUACAUAUUAUGCGAGAUGCCAACUAGAUUUCGGUUAAAAGGGGGGCGAAAUUUUUACAUUAAAAUCGUGCUAUUUCUCUUUUCAACCGAAAACUACCAUGGCAACGCAUAGCAAGCGACCGAGAGGGCUAGAGGGAAGCGAAAUCUUUUUGACAUCGCGCAUCAUGUAGCCUGCCCUUACGAAAAGGCGUAACACAGUAACAGUAACCAUGAGAUUGUAAUGAGUUUUACUUCCACCCUGAUACUUCUUUCGCUAUCUUUAGCUGGUAAUUUUUCUAUCGGUUAACUUAGGCAUGAAUCCUUUACCCAACCUACAGUUUUCUUAAUUUAGUUUCUUUCUUUUUUUGCUCUUAAGUUCGCUCUUGACCGUUGAUUUGCCUACACACACACACAGCCAAAUUGUGUGAUUCAUGUUUUUGUGGAUUUUUACACCGGCGAAAAAGCAAGAAAGAAAAACAAACAGUUUUCCCCACAACAACCUUACAAAACCGAUUCUUUUUUAUUUAGAGAAGCAAACAAACAAAGUGUUGUUAUGUUUAUUAUAUAUAGUUCUCCAAAACGCGAUCGUGACGGGGAAAAGGGCGACGAGCAGCCCCGCUCGAUCAGUGUAUUUUCUUCCAUUUGAUUUGGUAUUUUGUUUCCAAAGCAAAACCAGAAAAACAAAACAUACGUGAAAGCACAUAGAAAGAGAUAGAGAGAGAGAGAGAAUGAGCGCGGCACAUUACACCACGUGGGGUGCGUUACAGAUUUAUUUCGCCAUUUGAAAAUGUACACCUUCCAAUGUUCGUUUUAUGUUUAUUAUGCUAUUUUAAUUAUUUUAUUUUACCGCCGUAGUAAUGGUAAUAAUGUUUUAAGUGAACUCUAUUGUAGCAAAGGUGCGCGCAAAGAAGGAGGAAAAACAAAACACACUAGGAAAAAAGGGGGGGCAAAACACUCCACACACACACAUAAGUGCGUGUGUGCGAAUAAGCUAAGCGAAAAGAGUAUUUUUACGACAGGAGGAGUACAUAUUAUUUUCUUAAUGAUGCUUUAGUUGUAGCUGUCCUUUUUUAUACAUACAAGUGUUGGAUACCAUUUCCUUAUCCCCCCCCCCCCCCAACCCCGGAAACUAGUUGUUAAACUAGCAACAGUUACAAUCGUUGUACAUUACCGGGCAGCGAGUUACACGAAUGGAUAAAGGCGUAGAAAACGGAAGAAAGAAGCACUAAGAGCAAGUCCUGCCAUGACAAUGGCAACCCUUUUUAUGGUGUAUUCCUUAUUUAUCAUGGAUUUAGUUUUGUUUUGUGGUUCGCUGGUUUAUACUGUUCCUGUUUUUUUUCGACUCUAUUAUUUCGCUUUCACUUUGCCAAAAAGCCAUGCUACUCUCGCAAGAAGCACACAUUUAUUCAUGCAAUCGAACGCAAGUUUUACAACGAAAAACGUUAGGCAAAUCAGAAGGAAAUGAAAACAAUGGCUCUGUGGAAGAAAGUAGAUGAACACAAAUUUGUGCAAGCCACACUAUCAAAGUCAAUGCAAAAACACAAUUCCUCUCGUUAAAAUAAGAUCGCGCUCAUUAAAUCAUUGUCAGGUAUUUCACUAGCAAAUGGAAAGAAGAGGAGAAAAAAAA